AUGCGCAAGUCAGCGGCAGGUAGCGGCGUUGCCAACGGCACGUUCCGCCCUCCCACAAUGAGUAGUGAGGGUACGCCGGCAGAGCGCAAGCCCAGGACGCACCCACUAUUGCCUGCCACCUUGGCUGCAGCCGUGCCGCGCUUCAUGACCGGUUGGCGGGCCCUCAGCAACGGCAGCUUCAAGGCACCCGGUUCAGGGGAUGCCAGCAACAUCAGUGACGACACCGUGGAUCUGCCUGGCCCGACUGUGACCUGUGUCACCUCCACUGGCGCUCGGCGCGAGGUGAUGUACCCCGCCGUCACCCCACAUAGCGCGGGCAGCACGGCACACGACGACCUUGUGGCUUACCGGCUGGCACGGCGCAGCCAGAUAGACUACCACCAGCCGGAGUCGGCCGCCAAGGCGGUGGCCGCGCGGGCCCUCCAAGCUGCCGCGGCAGCGCGAGGGAAGACGGACGCGGACUCUGAGGACAGCGGAAGCCAGGGAGGCGGCACUGCGAAGCUGCUCAAGGUGGAGGCUGGCACCGGAGGCGUGAAGGCGGCUCCUGGUGCGCCGGAGGCUGCCGAAGGUGGCACGGCAGCGGCAGCCAGCGAGGGCCACGAGACCGCUGCCGCCGCCGCUGCGAACGAGGACGCUAUUCCAGCGGACAAAGUGGUGAGCCGCUACCCCGUCAGCCCCUAUGGCAAGCUGUACUUCCAGGUGGAGACGGACGGCGCGACGCGGCAUGAAUCUGUCGGCAUCGUCAUCAUCGAUACGGAGUUGCUGGGGGCUAUUAUGUAUGACCGCGUGGGGCGGCAGUACGGCAACCGGCCCGACCCUGGUUACCCGAUCAAGCAGGAGGAAGUGGACAGUGCGAAGGCGGGCAGCGUCUUGAAGGUGGGCACAAAGAGUGUGCUGCUCAUCACGGCGCUCACCGAGGAGGCGUUCCGCAGCGGCGAGUUCUUCUUGCGCUCCGAGCACGACCUCCGCGUGAAGGAGGACAAGGCCAAGGCCGAGGCCGCGGCCGCCGAGGAGGCGAAGGCGCGGAAGCCCGGGAUGAGCUUCGGCAACUCGCUCAGCAACAGCAGCGCCUUCGCCUCCAUCCUGUUCCGCCGUCGCCCCAAGGAUGGGGAGACGGGCUUCGUCGUCCCCGUAGCCGGGCGUCCAAAGAUGGGCAAGAACGGUAUCAUCAUGGACGAGCUGCACCCGCUGCACGACCCGGACCGCGAGAAGGCGGUGGUGCUGUUCCGCGCCGACUACAAGCGCGACGUGCACGGCCGUCGGCAAGUCUCCGUCGUUGUGGACCCGAUCAUUGGCGACAAGCUGCGGCCGCACCAAAUCAUUGGUGUAAAGUUUCUCUUCGACUGCAUCACGGGUGAGCGCAUGCUCGGCUACCACGGCGCCAUCCUGGCCGAUGAAAUGGGCUUGGGUAAGACGAUCCAGACGGUGGCCACCAUCUACACCUGUUUGAAGCAAGGCAAGCACGGCCAGCCAACGGCCCGCAAGUGCCUCGUCGUGACGCCGUCCUCGCUGGUGAAGAACUGGUGCAACGAGUUUGACAAGUGGCUGGGCGAAGGGGCAGUGAGGCAUUUCGCCAUCUCCGAGUCGACCCCGAAGGGGGACCGCAUUAUUUCCCGCUUCGACGGCGAUGGCGACGUCCUCGUCAUCUCGUACGACCAGCUGCGCAAGUAUAUAGACCGCCUCUCGGGGUUACGCUCUGUCGAACUGGUCGUCUGCGACGAGGGUCACCGCCUCAAGAAUGCGGAGGUGAAGACGACAAAGGCGGUGGACAUGCUGCCGACGCGCAACCGCAUCAUCCUUUCCGGCACCCCCAUCCAGAACGACCUGUCCGAGUUCCAUGCCAUGGUCAACUUCGUCAACCCCGGUAUCCUCGGCAACCGCGACCUCUUCGCACGCGUCUUCGAAGAGCCCGUCUCCCUUGGCCGCGACCCGGGAUGCCCAGACCACCUCAAAUCUCUUGGCCGCGAUCGCGCGCGUUACCUCUCGGUGCUGACGCAGCGCUUUAUCCUUCGCCGCACGCAGUCCAUCAAUGAGUCCUACCUGCCGCCCAAGGUGGACGUCACCGUCUUCGUGCGGCUGGGAGAGAAGCAGGAGCUUGCCUAUCAGAAGCUGGCCGACGUGGUCGAGUCUGCCGAGUGCACGCCGCUGGUGCUCAUUUCCGCCCUGCGGAAGCUGUGCAACCACAUGGAUCUCUUCCACGACGCGGUACACCUGUCUCAUCAGAUCGGCAACUCGGCAGGUGCGUCGGCGCAGCAGCAACAGCAGGCUGGCCGCCGUCGCGGCCGCAGCAGUGCUGCAGGUGAAUCGCAAGGCAUUCCCCUCUCUGUGCUACCGAAGGGGUUUAGGCCGGGUGGCUUGAGCAUGGACUGUGGCAGCAAGAUGCAUUUUGUGUCCCUCGUGCUCGACGAGCUGAAGGGAAACGGCGAGCACGAUAAGCUUGUCAUUGUGUCGAACUUCACGCAAACACUCGACAUCAUUGCGGCGCUGUGUAACUCGAAGCAGAUCGCGUACUUCCAGCUUGAUGGCAGCACGCCCAUCAAGAAGCGCCAGCAGCUAGUCGACUACUUCAACGUGCCUGGCUCGCAGGAGAUCGUGUUUCUGCUCUCCUCGAAGGCCGGCGGUGUCGGGCUGAACCUGAUCGGUGCGAACCGGCUGAUCCUCUUCGACCCUGACUGGAACCCCGCAAACGAUGCGCAGGCGAUGGGCCGUGUGUGGCGCGAUGGCCAGAAAAAGUGCGUCUUCAUCUAUCGCCUGCUCAGCACCGGCACCAUCGAAGAGAAAAUCUACCAGCGGCAAGUGAGCAAGCAAGGCUUGUCGGCGAACGUGGUGGACAUGCAGGAGGAUUCAAAGCAGCACUUCACGCUGGAGGAGCUCAAGUCCCUCUUCAAAUACAAGGCCGACACGCUGUGCGACACCCACGACCUGCUGGGCUGCACAUCCUGCGAGGCCGCCGAGUCGUUGGCCACGAGCGGCCGCGGCAGCCGCGGCAAGCAGGCAGAACAGAUCAAGAUGCAGUUCCGAAAGGUGGGCCAGCCAAAGAAGAAGAGUGGGCCACGCAUGGAUGAGUUGAAAGCGUGGCGCCACAUCAGCGCCGUUGCCUCGUUCAACCUUGACAGCGUUACCCGCGCCGUGGCGAAGCACGCGCCAUCGCUUCUCUCCUUUCUCUUCGCUGACGAGCGCGAUAACACCAAGGUUGCCGGGCCCGCCGUGUCGACCCGCGUGAAGGUCGACAAGCCCGCCUUCGAGGAGGACGAGGAGACGAUCACGUGUGCCAGCCAAGCCGCCAUGCAGCAGCAGGAGAGCGAGAUGGAGAUUGAGCUGAUCGACGACGACGAUGACGAAGAAGAGGCGGAACUCGAAUCGUCCGAAGAGGUCAGUGACUAG